CCUGUCGAUGCUGGCUGGCCACGAGCAUGAGGACUGUCAACAACCGUGCAUAGUGCCAUCGGUUGUGCCAUCUGAACUACUUAGCUUGUUGGCAGAGGAUGGCUUCACCCAAUCCGGGUGGGUCCAAGAGGCCAACUGUGGAUGGGGAAGGAAGGGGUACUCCAGUGGGCAGAAAACUGCCUGCUUCUCUCUCACCUGGUCGCCUGCCUUCCAUGCGGUCACGGGACCUUACUUUGGGAGGGGUUAAAAAGAAAACCUUCACACCAAACAUAAUUGGACGCAAAGCCAAGGAAGAGCAGAGGCCUGAAGGAGGGCAGAGAAGAGACAAGAGAGAGUCUGAAAGGGGGCGGGGAAGGGAAGCGCGCGGCAGAGGACGCGGCCGACCGGAGGUCAUCCAGUCCCACUCCAUCUUCGAACAGGGCCCUGCAGAGCUGAUGGCUAAAAGGAGAACUAUUCUUGAUGACGCAAGAGAAACGCCGAACUCUGGCCCAUGUCCAAUUAUCAACAUCAAGAAAGAGAAGAGGGAGACUGAGGAGGAGACGAAAGGCAUCUUGCGCAGCUUGGAGAGAGAUAGUUUCGUAGAUGACCCACAUCUACAAAACAAUAUGAACAGCACCCCUGUGCAACUCCCUCUGUCUGUGUCCGGCUGGGUCUUCAAAGAGGAGGCCAGCGAAGACGCUGAGGAGGAAGAGGAGGAGAAGGAGGAGGUCAAGAAACCCACAGGCGAGGAGGACACAGAAAGUUCAAGUAUGGAAACGACACCUCUCACUAAAAUUAAGGAGGAGCCAGAUACAAGCGAAAAGAAGCAGGAAGCAAAGGGGGAGUCGAUGUUCAGGCCUCCGCCCCUCCCCGAGCCGGACGUGCUGUCGAAGCUGCUUGAGUCCUGCAAUGAGCCGAAAGACGUGGAGCUGUUCUUCAUGCAGCUCCCCGAUUCGCUGCCCGGACAGCCACCCACCACAGAGGUCAGACAGACCAAAACGGAGAUUCAGACUGAGAGUGGACAGUCACUGCUGCUUAAGACUGACUCAGAGGAGCCCGAGGCGGAGAAGAACUGCAACCUGCGAGACCUGCAGGAGGGCCUGGUGGGCCACGUACUGGUCAGGAAGUCCGGCCGCGUGCAGCUGGUCCUCGGGAACGUCACCUUAGACGUGGACCUCGGAACCACCAGCUCCUUCCUACAGGAACUAGUGUCGGUGGGUGUCGAGGGUCGGAGUGGAACCUUGUCUGUUUUGGGCCAAAUCAAGCACAAGCUGGUGUGUUCUCCCGACUUCCAAACCCUCGUAGAGAGUAAAGAGUGAGGAUGCUCUUGCGUUGAGGCCAAAAGAGAAAGACAGUAUUUAAGACAUUACAGUUUUUUGUUUAAUAAAAGUGCUGAAAUGCUAAAAGUGCCUGUGAACGAGAUGUGCUGCUGAAUCAUCAAAACAUCAUUCUGUAUGCAAGUCCCCUGUGAGAAAUGUCUUACAUAUUAUGUAUUAUAGAAGAUUGAAGUGUGUUCUUGAAGUAUAUAAUUUUAUCAGUUGAUUUUUUUUUUGAAAACCUGUAAUGUUGAUGUUUUCUGUAUGUUAAAUAAACACCCAGGCAUAUUGACAAAUGA